CGGCUGUACCUGAUAAAUUCUUGGAUUCCUUUAUACAUACAUAAUAGCCUCAUAACACAAGGGACUCUUUUUACUUCAUUUCUUGUCUAAGGCAAAGACAAAAGAGAAGAAGAGGAGCAUCCUCUCUCUCUCGAGCGCGCAGGUUUUCAGCCAUGGCUUCCAAGAGGAUCUUGAAAGAACUUAAGGAUCUCCAGAAAGAUCCUCCCACGUCCUGCAGCGCAGGCCCUGUAGCUGAAGACAUGUUUCAUUGGCAAGCAACUAUUAUGGGUCCCCCAGACAGUCCUUAUGCCGGGGGUGUUUUCCUGGUUACCAUUCAUUUUCCUCCGGACUAUCCAUUUAAACCACCUAAGGUUGCAUUCAGAACAAAGGUCUUUCAUCCAAAUAUCAACAGCAAUGGAAGCAUUUGCCUUGACAUAUUGAAGGAGCAGUGGAGCCCUGCAUUAACCAUUUCCAAGGUAUUGCUCUCAAUCUGUUCUCUCUUGACGGACCCGAACCCUGACGAUCCACUGGUGCCGGAGAUUGCUCACAUGUACAAGACGGACAGGAGCAAGUACGAGACAACUGCAAGGAGCUGGACCCAGAAGUAUGCUAUGGGUUAGUGUGUUUGUGUGCGUGCGUGUGCAGAGGGCAACUUCCCCUUUCUUAUAAUUGGGUCUUUUUCAUUAUUAUGUAUGAAUGAGGAAGUGGUCAAAUCUCUUCCUCAAGAAAACCGAGGAAGUUCUUAACCAUGCUCUCCACAUAACACAUUGCUACAUUUGAUUUGCUUGUAUGGGAAUUUGAUGCAUGGACCGUUGGGCUACUAA